GGUGUGCUUUAUAUAUGAAAGAACAUAAAAUCAAUGUUGAUAACGAGUUUUGGUUGCAGACUGUACUAGACAAAAAUCAAAAAAUGCACUGUGUUCGAUGUUUGAAUCGCUCCGAAUCAACAGAUACUUACGACCAUGUUAACAUGACAGAAAAUGAUAAUGAUAUAGGGAAGAAAAAUAAACCUAAAAAGCCAUGGCCACGAUGGAAGAAGAUCUUGUUCAUUUCUGGAUUAGUAUUAUUUGGUAUACUGCUAUUGGCCUUCAUUGGAAAUUGGGUCAUAUUUCCUCUAGUCUUCAUGAACAAUAUAUCCCUCCAGAGAUACUUCAUGUUUAUGAAUAUCGAAAAUCCCAAGAACCCAGAUUUCCAUAACCCAGAAAAAUAUGGCAACGAAGGGAUCCUUAACUUCUACAAAACCACUGUGGAUUUAGACAACUCCACGUUGGUGAGCAUAGGAGCUUGGAUGAUUCUUCCAGAAAAGGAAAAAACAACGAGAAUAUUAUUUGAAGGUGUUCCCGCCAAUGAGACUGUGGCAUCAAUAUUGAGAAACACAAAAUCUCCGAUUGCUUUAUACCUGCACGGUGUUGGUGUGAACAGGAUUUUGAAUUACGAUGCGCAAAGGAAACACUUCCUGGUGAUAGCCCUGGAUCAUAGAGGGUUUGGGGAUUCGGCUCCAAACAUGGAUCCAUCAGAACUGGGAAUAGUCAGCGACACCACCCAAAUAUACAGGUGGGUCAGAUCUCUAACCGACCAGGAUAUUUACAUCUGGGGCCACUCAUUGGGCACUGCUCUAAGCACCCACACGGUGAAAAAGUUGAAGGAGAACCAUAACAUUGUGCCGAAGGGUCUCAUACUCGAAUCUCCUUUCACCACUAUGAGAGAAGAGGUAGCCACCAAUAUAUUCGGACAGAUAUUCGGUUGGUUGGCUUAUUUCGAACAAACGGUACAAAAACCUUUGGAAAAUAACGGUUUCCUCUUCAGGACUUCGAAGAACAUCUUGUCUGUGGAUUGUCCAAUCCUGAUAAUGCAUGCAGAAGAUGACAAUGUCGUUCCUUUCAAAUUAGGGAAAAAGUUGAGUGAGAUUGCACAAACUCGUAGAAAUCCAGUGACUCAAGGAAAUGUCACCUUUCAUUCGUUUCCUGCUCUCUUACGAUACAGUCACAAUGACAUCACAAAGGACCCUGAAGUUCCGAGAUAUAUAAAAGAAUUCAAAGCCAUGUGUGUAGACCAGAAUAAAAUGCGAGGAUAAUGAAGAAAAUCACAUGUAAAAAUCGAGAAUAAAAGACUGAUUAUUAUACGCAUG